AUCGUUGCGCGCGCACCUCGGCUGCUCCGCCUCCCUUCCCCCUCAGUGGCUGCCUCGGCCGGAGGCGACUGUGGCGUCGAAUUGCUCCCCGCGGCGGCCGCCGCCGCCACCGCCGCCUCCCCCCGCCGCUCUCCGCGGAGAGAGCUCGGGCCGCCUAUGGCGGGUGUUGGGCUCUGAGGGCGAACGCGGGAGGAAGUUGGCUCUUGCCCCCGGCAUGGCGGGGCGGCGGGGCGGAGCGGCGGCUGGUCCCCUGGGGGAAGCGCUGCCGCCGCCGCCGCCGUUGCUGUUGUCCCCGUGCUGCGCCGGGGGGGCGUCGUCGGAGCCGGCCCGCGAGCUCUUCGAAGCCUGCCGGAACGGCGACGUGGAGCGCGUGAAGCGGCUGGUGAGGCCCGAGAACGUGAACAGCAGGGACACGGCCGGCAGGAAGUCCAGCCCCCUCCAUUUCGCCGCAGGUACUCGCGGGUGGCCGGGCCGCCGCCGCCGCCUCUGGCGUCUCCGCCCCUAACUCUGACUCUGCAUGUGAACGGGGCUUCGGGGUAUAGUGGCUUUAGGGCCGUGGCAUUGGGCCCCUUCCGCCGAGGAAGGUGCUGUUUGUUUAUUUGGGGCUUUAAGGGGAAUCAUUCAGGGAGUUGGUGGGCGGGUGUCCCCACGUCCGCACGUUUCCUUCGUGGAAAUAAGAGGAGCCUAUAAACCCGCCCCCCCUUCUCGUCCCUGAUCUCUGGCCAUGCAGGAGGAACUCACGAGAUCCCCGUCCCUGAAAGCAGCCUAUGGGGGCUCGUGUUUAAAUGGCCACCGUAGCCAAGAGCAGCCAGACUGACCCCCCUCCCCCCCCCCACAUACAGCGAGGGAGGCCUGCAAGUGGUGGCGUGGGCCGACCUUCCGCUCCGUGGGCGGGAUGCAUUGUUUUCAGAGUCUCCUCGGAAGGGCUGCUGCAUACCUGAAAAGUGGCGCCCAAAGGGGAAGCAAACCGGUACUGGCCAAGUCCUGACAUUCAAAAGGUGUCCAGUUUGAGAAGGAAACGCGUCGGGGGUGAAUUUGUUAAUAAGUUUGCAAUCCACUCUCAGAGCUAAAACGAGUGAUGGUCCACAUCCUGUAAACAUUAGUUCACGUUGUGCUUUGUGGGCGCUUUCAGGAAGAUGUUGUUGCUCAAGGGGGAUUAACAAGCACAUUGUGUGUAAAACAUGCACAUAGAUGGGUUGUUGUGAUUAGGCAAGUGUGUGUUUAGAAGUUCCUGGAAAUCAUUGGUCACAAUUGCAUGUGUGCAGAUGUCACAUCAGAGUUGAUAAUUAUUUUGUAAUUCCAUCUUGUAAUUGCACACAAGGAUGCCUUCUUCAGAUCCAAGGCUUAGGUGGUGUUUUGCAACGCUGAGGUUGCUAGAGCUGACCCAAAUAGACAAACUGAGAAAAGGAGGCUGCAGCUUCUUAGAUGCAGGUUUUUCCAAAGCCUACUGAUUUUGGCUUGCUUCCAGAUAAGUUUGCUGUGGAUUGCAUGUAGCCUUAAUGCCCAAGUUGUUUAGUCCAUAUGACACGGUGAACUACUUAACUGUCAUUAAUUUGCCCAGAUAGGAACAGGCAAACUUAUCCUAUCAAAAAAAACCUAAUGAUGUCUAGACCAGCAACAGACCACAUUAGCAUAUCACACCAAGCCAUGCUAUGGCUUUUAACAAACAAAUAUUCUGGCUCCCUUAUACUUACAGGUAGUGGUUGAGAAGGUUGCCUGAUUUGGAUGAAACACUAAACCAAACUUUGGCUUAACAGCUGUUCUGCAUUAACUAAAAAUACCAGGGAGGAACAAUAGUGGUGCAAGGUUUUCUCCAGAAGCAUGUUUGCAUUUGCACAAAACUGUGGUUUGACUUAGUGUGUGACAUGCGAACUAGGGCCCAGGUAUUUAAGGAGGGGGCAGCACGCAAGGAGAGGGAGACUGACUAACCCUUGCAACCCCCAUCAAGAAAUCCCCCAUGUGGCAUUUAGGUUUAUUAAGAAACUUAAUUGCUAGGGCACGGGGCAAGUCCAAGGAGGGGAGGUCAUAGGCUGAAUCUAGAGACAAAUCCCUUUAGCCCACAGACCAGCAGUUCCCCAACCCUCAGCCACACUCACUGGGGGAACCCACUGAGGGGAAGACAUCCCUACAAGUACUUUAGCCCUGAGCUCUUCAGGGCUUUGUAUUGUAUAACCAACACAUGGAAUUGGAUUCCGUGGCUUAUCUUUCAUAGAUACUCCAGAGAAAAGCAUGCCCAUGUGGGCUGGUGAAAGUUGACUUGCUUGCUUUCACCUCCUGUGCCCACCAGCACCCCCUUCAAACCUACCUAGAGGGUUGAGGGCUCCUGAACUGUAUACUGCAGAUGUGUGCAUUCAAAUCCUAUUCUGUUCUGUGAGACCAUAGUAUUUUUUAAGAAUUGGAAGCAGCAUAACAGAUGGAUCAUUUCUUAUGGCAGGAGCAGACAGAAGGUAGAUCUGCAUGAUUUGCAAUACAUAUAGAAGGGUUUCUGACUGAAUUGAAUAUUAGUAUGCAAACUUGAUUUUUUUAAAAAAAGCUCUGGGAUGGCUGACAUUUUGUUAAUCAUUUAUCUCAGCUUCUAUGUUUCCUGCUUGUAAAAUAGAAGCAUUAAUUAGUUUUUUUGCAGCUCUACUGCCUAUUGCUUGAGUUUUGUCUUAGAAUCCCUGAUCCCUGAGUAACUCAGAUACAGGCUUCAUCUUUUAUAUACACAUUGUCAGGUGCAAAUUGUCUACCCUGUGCCACCAUUUGUGGCUCCACCUCAUAGCCACUAUGUUGCACCAGGCAACAUAUAUCCUGAAGGCUACCCAUCCCCAGUUGACAUUUUGUAUAGUUAUAGUUAUUCCAUGGUUCCCUCAAAGAGAUGCAGGGGAUUCUGUAUUGUUUACUGAUGAUGCUGACUCUGGCAACUGUUUCUCUGUCCAAAUGAUAAAAUUUCCAUUUGUUUACUAUAUAAUGAUACUUUCUGCAUUAAACAUCCAUUUUGUAACAUUUAAAAAAUCCAGUUGGGCAAUACCUUUAUUUGAACCACCAAAAUGUCAGAUGUUUGGAACUAAAUAGGGUAUUGGCCAACUGACAAUUUAUUUAUUAUGGGCACACAUUGUGUUUUUGCAAAUACUGUUUGAAUAAAAUUAGGGAAUGUAUACUUAGAACUGAUAAGAAAAUACACAAUGUAUACCCCCCCACACCAUUUCUUGAAAAUAUUGAGACUUCAAAACUUCAGGAAAUUUAAAAUAUCCAAAAUAGGAGCGAUCUCCUGUUCUGUUCUUCAGCCUUUCUUUUAUUUGGUUAGCCAGAAGCAGUUCUUUGGCAUCUUGUCUAGUUAUAGCACUCAUGGAAUAUAUAAGGAAGAUUAGCAAGUUAGAGUUUUGUUUCUUAGCUCUAGUUUUCUUCCUUUGAAGACUGACUAUGUAAAACUACUUUUUUGUUUCAGGUUUUGGUCGAAGGGAUGUAGUGGAAUAUUUGCUUCAGAGUGGUGGUAACGUUCAUGCACGAGACGAUGGGGGCCUCAUUCCACUUCAUAAUGCCUGUUCUUUUGGUCAUGCUGAAGUUGUCAAUCUUCUCUUGCGGCAUGGUGCAGAUCCUAACGCACGGGAUAAUUGGAACUACACUCCCCUUCAUGAAGCUGCCAUUAAGGGCAAAAUUGAUGUCUGCAUAGGUAAUUUUUGAAAACACUUGGGGUCUCUGGAUCAUUGGUGGUUCAGUCAUCUUUCAGGUGAUAUGUGGAGAAGUUGCAGAACAAUCAAGAAUUGAUCCUGGAUGUUUUUACUUUUUUUCGACAACAGAGAUGGAAACCAUUCUCAUCAGGGCUGUGUUUGUUGAACUAGCUCCUAGGUCCUGUGAUUUUCAUAAUAUGGUGCUGGUUUUGACAAUGGUUCCAGAGCUGAAAGUAAUCCACAGGCAAUUUUUAAGUAGUGCAUCAUGGGGGCUGGGUGGCGAAGGUAUGAGAACCACUGGUUUAAAAGUGUCUCCAGUGUUUUUUUAUAUAAAGUGACACAAUCAUGCAUAUCUUUUAAAUCGGAAAACAAGCUUUCGAACAAUCUGAGGCUUUCUUGUAGAAAUGAGGAUACAUUGUUCUUUAUUAAAAUAAUAUAAACUAGUCAACUAUCCAUGAAAUACCAAGUUGUUCUAAAUAUAAGUGGUUAUAUAGAUAGUAUGUAAAUGAAUUUUCUUCUUUUUCAUUUUUGUGAGAAGCUGGUUAUGGGUAAUAUCCAGCUUGGUUGGACAGGAUCUGUCUGCAUACAUUCAGAGACAUUAUCUAUGUUUGCACAUAACAAACCUAAUUAACAAUAAUAUAACCAACCUUAAGCCAGAGUAUGUUCUUGUUACAUCCAUUCAUCCAUAAUUUUAUUUGUAUGCUGCCUUUCCAUAGUUCAGACCAUGUUCAUUACAUAAUUACAGCAUAACAAUAAUAUAUAAAAUAAAGAUACAAAAAAAAAUCAAUAACAGCAACAAAGCCCCCCAACAAAAACCCCUAAACAAUACCCCAGACCUAAUAGUGAUAAUAGUGGCUUAUUGGGGAGUGUCAAACUGUAAUUACAUGUGAGUGUGGCUGUUAUUAUAAGGUCGAUGGAGCCUGCCUCCUUCUAGAUGCAGAAUAAUAUGUGCACUGUACAUAUUCUAGUUGCAGAAUAAUAUGUGCAUUGAAAUGUUUCCAUACAUUUCUCCUUUCCCACCCUAGGGCUCCAGGAGGGAUUUACUUGGCACUCACAUUAAUUUCCUUCUAGAGCACUGUGUUGGAGAGGGGGACUGAUAGAGACACAGGAAACACUUUCCUUCUGUUCUAGCUAAUGCUUUCUGCUGUAUGUACAUGCAGCAAGGAAGGAAAGGGAGUGUAUGUGCAGGCAUAGACUGUACUUGUGACUGAAAAAGAAAGCAUGGAAAUUGUGUUUUCACAAUGGAGUAUUUUCCAGCUGUUCUGUUUCAUCCUUAGGACCAGUUCUGUGACUACCUUUGCUUGAUUCUGCUGUUUGUAUAACUGCUUUUGAAAAUAUGUGUACACUUCCCAAGUGAAACUAGCCUUUUACACUGAAAUGUUCAGGAUUAUGUUUCAUUAUCAGGUUAGCAUAAUUCUAACUCUUAUUUUAUAGUUUUAGAUUAGGGCAUCUAAUCCCUUAGCAUCUCCGCUGAGCUACUUCCUUGUCAAGUUCUGAUGAAAGCUUUAUUUUUUUCUCCUUUUAGUACUGUUACAGCAUGGUGCUGAUCCAGCUAUCCGAAAUACAGAUGGAAGAACAGCAUUGGACUUGGCGGAUCCAUCAGCAAAAGCAGUGCUCUCAGGUAAAUGUUGUCUUUUUGUAAUCUGUAAGAUUUAUGUUUUGGCUACUGCUAAGGUGGUAUUGCUCCUAUUAUGCUUGGUGAAAGUAAUACUCUUUGUUAACUGGAGAAGACCUGCUAAGAAAAAAAAUCAGUAAUACUUUGUAAGAUUGGUAAAAGAACAGCCCAUUUGUUUUUUUACCACUCCUAUGGGAAAGCAAAUAUAAUGGCUUGUUUAUCCUACCAUCAUGCAAAAUAAGUAAUAUUUGAAAAGAGUGCUACUUGUGCAAGUUUAGUAGCUAGCUUCAGAGUUGAUUGUUUCAUUUUGAGGGCUAAACUUUUUAUUCCAGCUGUGCUAUUUAUCUAAAUUGGCAUAAUUAUAUUUUGUAUAUACCAUAGGUUUUGCUGCUUGCCUGAAUGUUUAGCUGUUUUUGACUUUAUACAAAAAUAGUGGGGUGGUAUUCAGCUAAGUUUUACUGAGAGCAGGGCUACUGAAAUUAAUAAACCAUACUAAGUUAAGUCGUUCAGUUUCAACAGGUCUACUCUAAAGCCUAGUUACAUCACACCCAGUAUUUUAAAAUUAUCAAACUGGAUCCAGUUCAGGGUGUUGGUGCUCAUAAAAGUUGUAAAUGACCUUGUCCCAAGUACUUGAAGGAGUAACUUCCUCCACAUGUCCCAGUGUGUAGUGUGCAGUCAGAGAAAGAGGAAUACAUUUUUAUUCAUCCAGGCCUUUGGAAGGAGAUGACUUUAUAACUGUAAUUUUAAUUAUUGUAUAUUGAAUAUCGCUUUAUCAUAUUUUGUUUCUAGCAAGCCAGCAUACUAUUUGGGGAGGGAGGACAGGAUAAAAAACACAGGAAAAAAAACAACAACCUUGCUUUAUAAAGGUUUUACACAUUUGUAUUUGAAAUUAAAGAAUCCUAUCUCCUUUUUGCUAACUUUCAGGUGAAUACAAGAAAGAUGAACUCUUGGAAAGUGCCAGGUAGGAAAUAAUAAAAGAUGUAAGCUGGAUCUACUGCCCAGCCUCUUUCAAAAAUGCCCGAAAAAUGAGACAGGCUACACAUUGAAGAUUUUCAUAUUCUGCAUAACAAGGGCUAUUAUUAUGUAGAGUUAUGGAUUGGAAAUUAUUACCAUGAUCUUAAUGUCUGGCAUUCUCCAUGCAAUGGCAAUACUUCUCCAAUGCAGGCAAUCCACUCUGUGUGUGGAGGUGGGGGAAGCAGGGACAGUGCAUGAAUGACAUUCAAGGAAGGGCCUGCACACACAUACUGGCAUGGGCCUUAGAGCCAGGCUGCCUUGCUCUCUACUCUACUCUACUUGACUCUUUUCAUUGGUUACAGUACUGGCCUACGUCCUAAACAAAAAGUUGGCCCUGGUCAAACUUCUUAACAGGUAAAUUAAUCACAUACACCCAGGGGAUUUUGUCUUGACAAAGAUAGAAUCCAUCUAAAAUUCAUUGCCCCCUAGACAAAUAAAACAGUACUUUUUAGGAAACCAGGAACCAGCAUGCAAACAACCUGCCUGAGGCACCAUAUUAAUCUCAGUCCCAUUCCUAAAAGGCAAGUGUCUAGUCCAGAAGUAACCCCCACACCUGCACACCUUAAUCUAGAGGGUUGGAGAAAGCUCUGUCCUUACGUGUCCUCCUAGAUUUCACUCUUCAAUGAAAGGGGCAAACUUUUACACUUCCUGCUGGAAUCUUCACACACAUCAAAUGUGAAUGGAAUGCUGCUCUUGCAGCGUUGGAUGCAACCACGAGUGUUCCUACAAUAAAAUAACAAUAGAUAUGUUGCUAGCAACUGUGAUUAAGAAUUUUAAUAUAUGAUGUAUGAAGUACAGUAAGCUAGUACCAUUGCACCAAUAAAAUCUAUUCCAAAGUUUUAUUUUUAAUUGUAAAGCAUUCAGGUAGCUGUUUGUAGUUGCUUUGCAGUAUUGUGUAAGUUGAAUAAAGAAGGAUGCAUGCCAAAUGUUCAGGAGUCUUUAAUUGCCUUUUAGGAGUGGAAAUGAAGAAAAACUGAUGGCUCUUCUCACACCACUAAAUGUCAACUGUCAUGCAAGCGAUGGCCGAAAGGUAUUUUUGUUUUCAAAUGCCCACUUUAAAAUGUAAGAUUAAAAAACACACACACCACACUUUACAUUAAAAUGUAUUUGGUAAUGUAUUUGGUAACAUAUACUUUGGUUAAUGUUUUGAAUUAUAUUUUAAUUCAGGAAUGUUUACUUAAAGUAGAAAUCUGAUAUUAUGUGUGUUCCCUAGCUGUAUAAACAAAAGAGCCAUGGAUAUUCUGUCUUGGCAAUAUCAGUUGUUCUUUGGUUUUUAAUAAAAUUGUACUUUUGAAAGCCAGUCAGAAACAAAUGUUACUAAGGAAUCUAAUAUAGAGAUUAUGCAUUGGUUUUCUUUGCCAGAAAUGCCUGCUGUAUCAGUAAUAUUACUAGUGUGCUUGGUAGCAUUAAUUACUUUCUAUAAAUUAUAUUUGCCUGGGGUAUGGAUAGAAAUCAAAAUCUGUUGCCCCUUUAUUAUGCUGUCCUCUUUAAAUAUAUAUGUAACUAGUUUAGCUUGAGAAAAGAUUGCAGUAAUUUUUGCCUUUGAACAGAGGUGGGAAAUUAAGCCUCAUUCUUUCUCUGGCUCACUGUGCUGUACUGAAAUGUAACUUCUUAUGAGAAAGGCCCUCCUAAAUCUAUGGGUUGGAUCCAGAGGUAGCAUUCCAUGGAUGGAACAGCUCUGAAUAAUCAGGGAAGGCUUUGAUCCAGCAGAAAAUGAAGAUGCUGGAUUAGAUGGGCCACUUAUCUGAUCCAGCAGGCUCUUUUUAUGUUUCUAAAUAUCCUUCUGCCAGGUAGUAGAGGAUGUGAGUUUUUGCUGACACUCCUCCCUUUGCAGCCCCCAGUGUCAUGCUACAGAUAACGUAGAAUGUUUUAACUGAUUUAUUAUUAUAAUUUUAAUGGAAAAUUUCCUUCUAUUUAUAUAACAGAUUUAUUUAUUUUAUUUCUAGUCAACUCCAUUACACUUGGCAGCUGGCUAUAACCGUGUUAAGAUUGUACAGCUCCUGCUGCAGCAUGGAGCAGAUGUACAUGCCAAGGAUAAAGGGUAGGUUUUUCUUGGGAGGUUGUGGUAUGAUUUUGUAGAUUCUGUUGAAGCAUGGAUUAGAUUUAUCUCUGAAAUGGGCAUGCCACAACUUGUGGCACUUUGUUCAAAGACUAGGCCAUCUUACCGGGCCUUUAGAAAUUCUAAAUUCAGAAGCCCUCUUGGACAUUAACUUUAUUUGAAAGGGUUGGGAUGCCUUAGCAAGCCCCACUUUGGGGGGCAUAUAAUCUUUGCCAGUUUGUGCACCCCUUCAUGAGUUGAAGCACAGUCUUCUGAAGCAUGAAGGGGUGUAAAGACUGGCAAAUGUGUUGCACCGGAGGAGGCAGUUCUUGCCAACUGCUUCUACUCUUACCCAUGUAAUUUCCAAUCAUGUGGGAAGGGAAUGACUGAUUGGCGCUUUAAUCAGAUGAUUACAUGAAGCUUUUCAUUAAAUAAAAAAGGGCAUGUUUUAACAUGGACUUGCAUGAGAACUAUGCAGAGUCUUUCCUCCAACAUGUUGUACUCGGUCAAUCCAGGGGUUUUAUAACUGUUGCAUUCCUUCAAAUUUUGUGAGUUAAUUCUGCAGUCUGUUAUCUUCAAUUAUGGGCCGAUCAUCUGCAAAUAUUUAUUUUUUACCACAUCGCUGUCUCUAAUGCCAACUGGCUUUCUUUCUAAUCAAAUUUAACUUGAUUGAACGUCUCCAGUUAAAAACAACGAUAUUAUUUGUUGACUUCAGUAGGACUUAAUUGCUAUAAGUUGACCACCAAGUUGUUAUACUUUUGAAGAGCAUUGAGCCCAAUGACAGAGGAACUCCCCCCCACCCCCCAGCCAAUGUUUGGUUUUUCAAUUUGUCAGAUGAAUGUUUGGGCUUUCUGUUUGAUACUAAUAAUGAACCGUGUUUGACAAUAUUUUAUUUGUUGAAGGAGAUUUUUCAGUGUUCAUGUGCUAAGUUAUUGGGAUUUCCCCCCCACAGAGAUCUUGUUCCUCUUCACAAUGCUUGCUCCUAUGGACAUUACGAAGUAACAGAACUUCUAGUAAAGGUAAGUUUCUUAAUUGUGUGCAAUUUUUAUGGGAAGGUUAUUGCAAUUUUGUUUCUUUCUGUUUUGGUAUUUUGAAAAUUACUUCCUGUCACCUAGAUUUUUCAAAAUGGUCAUUGAAGUAUGCAUAUUAUUUAAUGUGUAACCCAUUUUAGAUUGCAUGAGGUAAAAGAAAUUAUGGAAGAAAAUGUUGGACUGAUUGUGUUUAGGGCUUGUACGUCUGAAAAUGCUAAAUUUACACUUUCUGUAUGGGAUCAAGUAAUACUACUUUUUCUUUUGAUAAAAAUGUCUCAUGCGAGAAACAUGGGAUUAGGAGAGUGAUUCAAGUUAAAGAUACUGGGCUUCUGAAAUUACUGUAAUUAUAUUGGCUGUAACAACCACUUGCCCAGCGUGUUUUGAGAUUGUUCCUGGAAGUAUUGGUCUUGGGGUUUUUUUGGUUUUUUUGUUUUAAGGAAACUCAAGUUCAAACCAUUUAUGGAUAAAGGCAUGUGUCUUGUCAUGAAGCUAAGCAGUCACUGUUAGAAGGAAAGGAGUUUCCUUAAAAAAAGUUCUCAACCUUCUGUAUAUGAGUGUUUAUGGGGUCAUGUUACAUGGAUCAUGUCUUCCCUAUGACAUCAGAGUUCUAGUUUAGUAUUAUCCAGCAUAAAAUCAUAAGUUAUCUUUCCUCUCCUAGCAUGGAGCAUUUGUGAAUGCAAUGGAUCUGUGGCAGUUUACUCCUCUGCAUGAAGCAGCUUCUAAGAACAGAGUGGAAGUGUGUUCUCUCUUGCUGAGCUAUGGUGCUGAUCCUACAUUGUUAAACUGCCAUAAUAAAAGUACAAUCGACUUGGCCCCAACACCUCAGUUGAAAGAACGAUUGGCAUGUGAGUAUAGAGGAAAUGGGAUUCACUGAGAAGAACUGAUGGAUAUGAACAUAUCCCCCCCCCCCCCCCGUUUCCAGUAGGGACCCACACUUUGUAGCCAGUCAUGAUUUGUGAUACUAAAAGUUUCUAGUAUCAAGAUAUUUAAAGGCAUCUUUCCCCCCUCAAGACUAGGCAUGAUGACUAUUCUGUGAGAAGACAAAUUUUUUAUCUUUUUGAAAUUAGAGGAACCAUUCUUAAUGAUUUCUGCAAAUGUGUCUUAAUGCAGAACAGUGUGUGUAUUGUUUGAAAGUAAUUUUAUCCUAGCAGCAAUAAGAUGUACCUGUGAUAAUGACUUGAGACCUAUACAUCAUGAAAUCUUGUUUUCUCUUCUAGAUGAAUUCAAAGGUCACUCACUGCUACAUGCUGCAAGGGAAUCUGAUGCAGCUCGUGUAAAAAAGCACCUUUCUCUUGAGACUGUAAAUUUCAAACAUCCCCAGACUCACGAAACUGCCUUGGUAAUUUGUUGAAUAUAUAUUUAUGUUGUGUGGUAGCUAAGCUAGGCAAGUUGACAUGCAGCUAUUUUCCUUUUAACCAGCUUUGGUGGCCAUACUGUUUAACUGCAUUGUUGUUUUUUAGGCAUAGUUUAUCCAAAUCCAUUUGUUGAUAGUUCCUUGAAUUUCAUUCAUCUCUCAAAUACUGUUUAAGGAGAAGGGAACAACUAAGACCUGAGUAAAAGGUGUAGGGCCUGUGUGGCUUCUGCAUCUGGUCCUCAGCUACCCUUCCUUGUCCCCUGCCCCCCUGCAUGCAGCAGUUAGUCUUAAAACCAGCCUCCCAUUGGAGCCCAUGGAAGGCAUUUUCAAGUCUUAAUUGCCACAUGGGGUGGGUAGGGUAAAGUUUGGGAGAGCAUGUUAACCUCCAGCACUGUGACCCCUCCAAAUGACAGUUAUGCUUUUUUUCAAACUUGAUUGGUGCAUGGGAAGCAUUUUCAAGGUAGUCCUGAAAACUGUCACUAGUGCAGCAGUUCGACAUGGAAAGAGCAUCCCAGUUGACUUUAAUGCAAGGCUGUUUCUAGCCUAAGUGCUGGUUGGGAGUAUGACCUUUCUGUUGUAGAGAUGGCAGUGGUGGAGGCUUAACUCUUCCCAGAGGUAAUCUCCAUGAAAAUCAUUCCUCCUAAGCACUUAGGCCUGAAAAAAAUACUCCCAUAUUUCCAUGUGGUUUGGUUUGAAAGUCACAUAUUUUCAUAUAGUUUGGUUUCACCAUAAGCUGAUAAGCAAAUGAUAUAAUGAUUUCACUUUUAAUAGCACUGUGCUGCUGCAUCUCCAUAUCCUAAAAGAAAACAAAUCUGUGAACUGCUUUUAAGAAAAGGAGCCAACAUCAAUGAAAAGACAAAAGAGUGAGUUUUCAUUUCACUUUUUUAUUCCACCCUGCUUCCAAGCAUCUCAGGACAGUCAUUCCAUUACUGGUUUGGAAAUUGUCCAGUUUGUGAUAAACACCAUGAUUGUAGAUGCAUACAACAGAAAAAAGUUAAGAUUGGAAGAAAGUGAAUCUAAAUGCUGCCAAAGUCCUUCUGGCCAUGUGAGAUGAGAACUAGGGAGAUAGGUGAAGCCUCUGGUUCAUUCCAGCGUGCAGACUUAGUUGCCUUAGAAUGUGCUCACUGCAUAACAAGUCAACUUCAGACCAUGGUUUAUGAAGCUAUCUUGUUGAAACCAUAGUUAACGUCAGCCAUAAUUCCAGGUGCAGGCAACAUGACAAACUGUAAUUAACUUGAAACAGAAGCAAAAGCUUCUGAACUACUUGGUUGCAUGGAAGGAGGAGAAGGCUGCAACUUGUUCUGGUUUAUGGACUUCAUGGUAAACUUUAACAGGACAUGCAGAUGUAGCCAUUGACUUGUCGAAGGCCACACAAAGAUUAUUUUAAUGUUGCUUUUAUCAAUGUAUAGUACCUUGCUAUAUUUUUAUGAGAAGUGCAGUUUAUAAAUACUUAAAUAAAUAAUGCAUAAUUGGAGUUCUCCCCAGUUGCAAACUGAUGCUCUAGCCAUUGUAUUUGCAUACUAAUUAUCAAUUAUCAGUCUAAGAAAACUCGGUGUAAACUGUCAUUACUUUUUUUAAAUCAAGCUUCCUGACACCUCUCCAUGUGGCAGCAGAAAAAGGUCAUAAUGAUGUUGUUGAAGUAGUCGUGAAACAUGAAGCAAAGGUAUGAGCCACUUAAUUGUAAUCAGGCAUAUUUUUGUAUAUAAUAAAGUAGAGAAUUGCAAACCUGCAAAUUUUGUAACUUACUCCUAAUAAUAACCUUCAGGCGUGUUUUUCGCCCUAUAGGGCACACUUAUUUUUUUUUGGGGGGGGGGGGGGAAAUAAAGAAAAACAUUUUUAUCCCCCCCCCCCCCCCGAGCCCCAAAGAGCAAAGAAGCCAUGACAGCGAGCAGGAUGGAUCCCGCUAGCUGUCCUGGCUUCAUUUUUAGCCUCGUGGCUGGAGCUUGAAAGGCUGGGGGCGGGGGAAGCCCGAGCUUCCCCCGACCCCAGCCUUCAGAACGGCUCCGGGAGCUUGCUGCUAUCCGAAGCCCGGGGAGCGCGGCGCUGUAGCUUCCUAAAGCCCGGAGAGCGGGAGGGGUCGGUGCGCACCGACCCCUCUCGCUCUCCAGGCUUCAGCGAAAGCCUGCAUUCGCCCCGUAGGAUGCACACACAUUUCCCCUUCAUUUUUGGAGGGGAAAAGUGCGUCCUAUAGGGCGAAAAAUACGGUAUCUUUUUGUGAUUUGCCCAACUGUUGCAUUCUUGGCAUUAUAUAGAGACUAAGAUGAAGAUUUUUGGGAGUGUUUGAACUCUUGAUAAACAGUCCAUUUUUGCUGUAAAGAUGUUUUGCAGGCAAUAAAAUUUGCAAACCAAUAUUCCACACUGUAGUUUUUGGGUUUUUGUAAGUGGAAUUCCUUCAGAUUGUUCUUGAAAAAUGUAUUCUGCACACUUUUAUGUUAAUGAUAUUUUUAACAUUCUGUGAUCAUCUCUAGGUCAAUGCUUUGGAUAACCUUGGGCAGACAUCUCUGCAUAGAGCAGCACACUGUGGUCAUCUGCAGACCUGCCGCCUGUUGUUAAGCUCUGGGUGUGAUCCAUCAAUUGUGUCACUGCAGGGUUUCACAGCCUCUCAGAUGGGAAAUGAGAGUGUUCAGCAAUUAUUACAAGGUAAUAAUUUUAACACUUCUGCCUUGUCAAUGUAUCGGCUACUUAAGCAAUCUUUAGAAUUUUUUUUCUGUUGGAACUGAAAAAUAAUUGAUGUGUAUGAUUUGCAGUACCAGCAAAUGUUUGCUGCACUACAAGCUAAAACUAAUUCUGAAACCUUCAUCCCUUGCGCCCACAGAUUCUUCUACACCUGAGGAACAUGCUGAAGGAACUUCAAAACAGAAAAAAUGUCAUGGGCAAUUAAUGGUGGCCUGUUUUCUUAGAAUAGGUACAAAUGGUUGGCCUUGCUUUUUCAGGCUAGGCUAUUGCACAAUGUUAAAGUGGGGGAGUGUUGUCACUCUUCUUCAAGUGACCCCCUUUUCCAAUUCAGAGACGAAGAGCGUAAUCACUGGUGGUUUCCUUCUUUCUUUCAUCUUGCUAAAGUUAUGUCUACAGUAUAAGAUUGUGUGUUGCAGUUGCAACUUUAGUUGGCUGUUUCAUGAACCUUUGUCAUUCAGCUGGUGGUAAUUAUCUGACAGUUUGUGUAUGUUAAUACUGCAUACUGUAAUUCAUUAUGAAAAAUACUUAUGUCUGAGUAAAAAGUGUCAGGUUCAGUUCCAACAGCGCAUAUCUAAUUUUGCAUUAAUAAUAGUCCUGCAGCUACUUCUUGUACCUGAGUUUCUCUAACUGGUAAUUGAAAGUUUAGUUGGCAUGUUCAGUUAAAUUGUAAAUCAAGCCUUUUGUCUAGGAUAGUUAUAUUUUUGUAGACUAUGAGAUCUCAAAAUGGUAUUUCUCUAAGGGUUAGUAUUAAUGACUAUUUAUUAUUGUCAUCUGUGCUAUUUGAACUUCGUUAAGUAAUUUAUACCCUCAUUUAUUUUAUAGAAGGUGUCCCUUUAGGCAACUCAGAAGCAGAUCGGCAAUUGCUGGAAGCUGCAAAGGCAGGUGAUGUGGACACAGUAAAAGUAAGUUUAGAAACGGAUUGCGGCUUUUCUUUCUAUCAAAAAGAUGACAUAUAUAAGUGUGGCCGGCUAAUUUGUGAAGAUUAUUCUCAGGUCUUCAGAGAUGAGAAAACGUUGAAAAUUUAGAUAACUAUUUUAAUUGCUUUGAAAUACAAAAUCAUAUAAAAGUUCUGAUUUCAAGACAGUUGCUUUUGGGGGGGGUUGGCUGAAUAUUUGGCUGAAGUAACGUGUGUCUCAACUGUUGUGUUCCUUAGAAGUUAUGUACGGUACAAAGCGUGAAUUGCCGGGAUAUUGAAGGCCGCCAGUCCACUCCACUCCACUUUGCAGCAGGAUACAACAGAGUAUCAGUGGUUGAGUAUCUUCUGCAGCAUGGUGCUGAUGUUCAUGCAAAAGACAAGGGGUAAAUAUUCCAUUAAAUAGCUCAUAGUGAAUGUAGGCAGUGGAGCAGAGGGCGGAAGACAAUUCUCCAUUCUUCUUUGUGUUAGUGCCUGACACAUGUAUUGGAUCAAGAAUGCUUUGGGUGGGGGCUAUGCUUCAAAUAUUUUUUUCUAGAAAAAAUAAGUAUCAUAGGGUAUCAUGGCUUAUCCCCCUCCCCACUCAUAAUCUUUUCGUCAUCUAAGUUUAGUUUCAGUAUAUAGAUAAGGCAUUAUCCACCACACAAGGCUAAAUGUUCCCUCAAGCAUAUAUUAAAUGUCUAGGAAUUUUAGAAUUCAAGUCCCCCUCUAUACCUUCAGCAGCUUAACAUUUGCAAAGCCUGGAACCCCAACAACUGGUCUUCUAGCUGAUGUCAACUUUACAAAUUACAGAAUUAUGAUGGCUGUAUGAUCUUUGUGUUGACCUUAAAUAUAUACACUAUAUUAAUCUUCCCCAAUCUGGUGCCUAUGCUGAUCAGAAUUGUAGUUCAAAAUAUAUGGAGGGUACUAGGUUGGGGAAGACUGCUUUGUAACUAGAGGCUAUUUGAAUUAAAUGUAUCUAGUUGACUAAAGUAUUUGAUUUAUCUCCAUAUGAACACAUAAUUCUUCAUGCACUUCUUUUUUCUGAAAUUAUUUUGUUUUUAAUAACAGCUAUACUUAACCAUAUGUUUAGGUCAGUCAUUAGAAAAUUGAGGUAUUUUUUAAGAUACUGAAAAUGUUAGCCAAAAUUAAGGUACCCUGCCAAGUGAUGCAAACACUGAUGGAUGUUUUUCCUUCAUAUUUUCAGAGGCCUUGUCCCUUUGCACAAUGCUUGUUCUUAUGGACACUAUGAAGUGGCUGAACUGCUGGUUAAACAUGGUGCAGUUGUCAAUGUAGCUGAUUUGUGGAAGUUCACUCCUUUACAUGAAGCUGCUGCAAAAGGGAAAUACGAGAUUUGUAAGCUUCUGUUACAGGUGCGUCACAUGAAAAACUGAAGCAUGUUUCAGUUUCAUUAGUUUGCUUAUUUCCAUUUAGUGGUAUUAAAUUUGUGUUUAAAGAAAUGUUUCAAACUAUCCCAUGUUCUAUAUUAGAGCAACUACCACAAGAUUCACCUUGUGUCUGUUGUAUUUAGAAGCAGUCCACUGUGUUUCAUUUCUGCGCCAUAUUGUUCCCAUUCAAUUCAUUAUUUGGAUUAAAAUCUGAUCUUUUAAAUCUGAAGUUGUCUUUCAUCCCCAUGGAUUAUAAUGGGGAAUUAAGUGGAUUAAGCCUGCUAAAUGUUGGACAGACUUUCUGCAGGAACCUUUAAAAGUGUUUGUGUGUUUGUUUAUUUUAUAUACUGCACGUUCAUGUAAAAUGUUGCAAGACUGUUUACAACUUUAAAACACAAUACUACAGUAAAUGUCAAACGCAUUAGUAAAAGCUAGACCUAUCCAUGAAAAUGGAAGAUCCCACCACCUCGCUCACCCUCUGCUUUUCCCCAAUCAGCUUGGUUUCAUUUCUCAGGAAAGGGAAGGUGGGAGAAUGGUUGUGCAUUUAACCUUUUGUGAGGUGGGGGGAAAUGAGGGUGCUUGGAGGGUCCAUUAGCCUCCUGAAGAUGCAUUGUUAAUAGCAGGACCCAAGUCAGCAACAUGGAACUACAACCCAAAUCACCUUGGUUUGCCUCAUUAAUUGGGGUACGCAUAGAGCUGGUGAGCAUUCUUAGUAUAUUUGAAUAUUUGUUAAUAGAGAAAGAAAUAAUCAGCUGACAAUGAUACAAAUCUUAAAUAUGUUUCUACUUGAGUUAUGAAAGCUAAUGAAUGUGUUGUUGGGUUUUUUUCUUAUCUAGCAUGGGGCUGACCCCACAAAGAAAAACAGAGAUGGAAACACACCAUUAGACCUUGUUAAAGAUGGUGACACAGAUAUUCAGGAUCUCCUUAGAGGAGAUGCAGCUUUGCUAGAUGCUGCGAAAAAGGGCUGCUUGGCUCGGGUGAAGAAAUUGUGCUCCCCUGAUAAUGUAAAUUGCCGUGAUACACAAGGCCGACACUCCACUCCGCUCCACUUGGCAGGUUGGUGUUACCAUAUUAAUGCAUUUGUUAAGGAUCUGUCUUGGACUAGAACUUGAAAAGGGGUUAUUUAAAGUAAUUGGAUUGUAGUCAGCAGUUGCAAAAGCCAAAGGCAGAUCCUCAGGCUAAUCUUGCUUUUUUACUUCCUUCCUCCUGCAGUCUUCUGUACCCUCAAAAAUUGCUAUUUAGACAGUUACAAUGGGUUACAUCCAAUCUUUCUCUUUUCUUUCUUUGCACUCCCCUUCACCCUGAAAAAAGAAAUCUCCCCAGAGCAUUGGAGGCCCAGUGGAAAAACAUGGGCUGUAUUGUUCUGUACCAAGGGAAUUGAAAUUGGGUUGAGAGAUCUUACAAAAACCCCACCUGGUUUUAGGCAACCUUUCACACUCAGUGCAGUGCAGCCUACACUGUUUAGGAGGGCUUCCCUGAACCUCUGGAGAGGGGGCGGGAAAGGGGAAGAGAGAUUGGAUACAACCCAAAGAAAUUGUCUCAAUAGUAGAAAAUAGCAAGAGUGACGGGUGACUGUGCAAGUCUAGUAUCUCGGCCUUGUAAGCUUGCUAACAGCACCUCAUGGGAAUGGACGCACACACACAAGGCUGAACAUGGAAGGCUAUGUAUGUGAAGCUUGUGUUUUGCCUUUGAGUUGGGCUUCUCCAUCUCAGAGUAUACAUAUAACCGUGUUUACUCUGCAAUUAAAAAAAAAUAGUUCAGAACUUUAUGGUUCAGGUAAGCUGGAAAAGAAGUUUGUUGAUACAUUUAUAGUAAUAUUUUUCAGGUGCCUUUUGAUAAUCCAUUAAAAAAAAUUAUUCUCUUGCUAGCUGGUUACAACAAUUUGGAGGUUGCAGAAUAUCUGUUACAGCAUGGAGCUGAUGUAAAUGCACAAGAUAAAGGGGGUCUAAUUCCUCUACACAAUGCAGCAUCCUAUGGGGUAAGUAUAUCAUAAACUCUAUGGGAAGAAGUGAAUGAUUGAACCAGAAGAUCUAAAAUUUAUUUGAGCACAAAUCAAUGUUUGUUGGUGUUUCCUUAAAUACAGGAUUGUGUGUUCACUCUCCCAGUAUUUUGCCUGGAUACAGCCCAGGGUGUAUGAGAGUUUUCUAAAUUUCAUAAUAUUUGUGGAAAACAGUUCUUUUUCAUAACUCAGUAUUGAGUAAUACACACACACACACACACAGAGGUGUCCCUCAUGCUGUUUCAACUCAUGUGUAUUUGCAUGUUUAAUUUCAGUGAAUUCCAACUCAAGCUGUUGAUUUUCACACCUAUCUAUUGAGAACAUGUAGUUAAAACUUCUGUUGUUACUGCUCUGAUUGUGUGUCUCCCCCCCCCCCAUCUCACGCCAAAGAAUAUAUGGGAUAGAGGCAUACUGCUAACAGACUAGAAGCAGUACUUCCGAAACCAGCUGCCACAGAUGAUUUUGGAGGGUGAGGGUCGACGUUUUUAGUUACUAGCGCAACUCUAGUGAAGAAGGGAAUCUAACCAGGAUAGUUUAGAUUGUGAGAAACUAAAGUUUACAGGCAAGAUUAAGCCAUUUCUUACUUUUAUUUCCUGAUCUGCUCUCUAAUCCUAGAACACUUCGAAGGAAUAGUUUCCAAAUUAGGCUGAUGGUCAGAAUACCACAGAGGCAACGGUCUCUUUGGCUCUGUGAACCAAGUUAUACACUUUGCUAAUGCCCUGAAUAAAGAAAGUGUAUGAAUACAUUUGAUUUCUUGCAGAACAAGUGUUCUUUGUACGAACAUUGAGUGUAUAUACUGUCAUGGGCUUCCUAGAUAUGGAGAUUACCCAGCAUGAUGUUCCCUAGGAAAGGCACUAUCCAGACGUUGCCCAUUCUAGUGACCAUCAUAACAGGUAAUCUCCAUAGCUAUGUUCUACUCACAGUAUUGUAAAACAGCCAUGCUGUUAAGCAUGCUGGUUGUUUACACACAUGGGUAAAAGAUUACAUGUAGAUGGGGCUAGAGUUUAAGAGCAUGGAGUAUGAACUAGAAGCUGUCUGCUCAAAUCUCAACUUGGUAUUGAGGUCAUUUGAUGGCCUUGGGCAAGAAGCUGUCUCUCUCUCUCCAGCAGGCUGUUCCCCAAUGCCCCACAGUCUCCCUGUAUAGAGAUGGAGACAAACAGUUGAAUAAGAAAGGCAUUUCUAGCAAUAUCAUAUCUCAUAUUAGAGCUUCCAAGAAAGGGUGGCUAUUUGAACAAACCACAAAACAGGGUGGGGUGAGCUGACCUGCAUGCAAUAGCGGAGUACCGAGACUUGAACUGCCCUCUUUGUUUUGAUGGAAUGUAUUUUGCAACGUUCACUUUUUUAGGAAAUCCAAAGGAAAAUUGCAGCAAACUCCCCCCCCCCCAAGGGUUGCACUACAUAAAUGUAUUUUAUUUUCCAGCAUGUAGAUGUAGCAGCUUUACUUAUAAAGUAUAAUGCGUGUGUAAAUGCUACGGACAAAUGGGCUUUCACACCUUUGCAUGAAGCAGCCCAGAAAGGAAGGACACAGCUUUGUGCCUUAUUGUUGGCACAUGGAGCUGAUCCUACUCUGAAAAACCAGGAAGGACAAACGCCUUUAGACCUAGUCACCGUAAGUGAUGGGAUUUUUUGAGAAGUUUGCAUUAAGCUUCAGUUCCUGGCUCCUGACCCAGAUAUGAAAUUUGAGAGAUUAAAAACGUGUUGUUAUUAUGGUGGGCUGGAAGCUAAAAAGCAGUUCCCUAAAGUUGGGACUGAAGAUGGACUCAAGGAAUUUAGUAUAGGUGUGGCUUUUGGAAGUACAUUUUUCAGAGAGGAGAUAAACUAUGUUAUUGAAUUUGUGUUCAUUUACAAACAUAUUGCUUGAUGUUAUUACCUAGUAUUUUCUGGGCUACUUUAUGUCUUCAAGUUAAACUAUUGAUAGCAACCUGCCAUUCACAGUUUGUGACUAAAAAUGUCUAGGUCCAAAACUCGCAACACAGAAUUUCUUACUCAGUAUAAUGCUAAAGAUAGCAUCAUUGUGCACUCUGUGGCACCCUAGGAGCUUGCAGUUUAUAUUUAGCCUAGGAUCAUAAGCAUACUUUCCUGGAAGUAAUCCUCUUGAACUUAAGGGGACUUCUGAGUAGGUAUGUAUAGAGCUGCAUUGCCAAUCUUUCUACAAUAGUGUUUGCCACAUUAAAAAAAUAGUCUUUUUACCAUUUUAAUGUGUGAGGUGGGGUACACUGCAAGUGAGUGAUUUUUGUAUAGGAUUUGUCUCUAGGGUCAUGCCUUUCAUUGCAUUGUAAUUAUACACAAGCAGACUCUGGAUAAGAGUGAUAAUAUAUCUGGUGAUACUGGUAAAUAGCAGAAUGUAAGAAAACUUGGCUUCUUAGGAUAGCUCAAGUAAAAGGCCACUCACUGUAAAUGUUACCUUGUAUUCAUAUAUGCUUGAAUAAAUUUGUGAAUGUCUUAAUGAUAUUCUAAUUUUUUAAAUUAUUAUUUUCAGGCAGAUGAUGUUAGUGCAUUAUUGACAGCUGCCAUGCCACCUUCCGCCUUGCCAUCUUGUUACAAGCCUCAGGUUAUAAAUGUAUCUCAAAACACAGCAUCUUCAGCAGAUUCACUUUCUUCUGUUCCAUCCAGCCCUUCUAAUCUGUCUGCUGCCAGUAGCCUUGACAACUUGUCUGGUAGCUUUUCUGAACUUUCAGUUGUUAGUACAAGUAGUGCUGAUGGGGCCGCUGGUUUGGAGAAGAAGGAAGGUGAGUCCUUCCUUUACUGAUGAAUUGGCUUUCUCAGAUGGGUGGAUGAUUUAUGAAGAAUUAGGACAGUCCACACAUGCAUCAAAGACUGCAACAUAUACCAAUGGUGCUAAAAGUGGUAUUCCUAUCCACACCAGUUUCAUUAUUGCAGACAGAUAGAAUCUGAUGUAACUUUAGGCACAGUAGUGCUCUGCAGGUCACUCAGUGAAAGGCAUGUAUGUGUGAUUUGGAUUUUAGAUAAAUAGAUAUAUCCAAAAAUGAUCUUUUCUGUUUCUUAGAUAGUCACAUGCCAAUACAUUUUUUUUCAGGGCAACUUGAUUAGCCGUAUGGUAGAAAGAUUACUUGAAUGUGAGGCUUAUGUGUGUUAAAUUUACGAAUGGUUUCUCACACAAUGCCCUCAUCCUCCCAGUGCCAUUCCUGUAGUUAUUUCUGAAAUAAUUUUUUGUACUUCCACUUUGUUGGAUUUAUGUACAGGUUUGAGAAGAUUUCCCUAAGAAUAAAUCGAGCAAAAUAUGUUUUAAUUUGAUUGUAUAGCAUAUAAGGUCAGCAAGUACUUUGAUUUUAUACUUAAAACAUGCAUUGUCUUCAUUCACGGGUCAAUCAUAGUUAAUGGUUUACUGGGAUUGGGUCAUUUUGCCCACUUUGCUACAGUCCCCAGCUUAAUUGUGUUAAAUGAAAAUUCUAGUUUGGAUGUGUUUCACUACAGACAAACUAUGAUUUGUGCUCAAAGUUUGUUCUUGACUUGCUGAUCAUAAUUUUAAUAUUAACACUAAGCCACAGAUUGUGGGUUUGUUUCUCUUGUGGGAAGGAGCACAGUAGGCAAAAUCAGCAUGCUUACUGCAGACUAGUGGCUAUGGUUUACCACGAACUUGUAAAGCGUGCCACAGCAUGUCCCAAGUGUUGUUGGACCUGUAUCCAGAAGAUUGUUUCUAAUUUAUACUCUCGUGAACCUGCAGAAAAGGUAAAAUACACUUAGCCCUUUAAUAUGCAACUAAUGCCUGCUUUUCUUAUACAGUUUCAGGUGUUGAUUUUAGCAUAAAUCAAUUUGUGAGAAAUCUUGGACUUGAACAUCUAAUUGACGUAUUUGAGAGAGAGCAGGUGCGUAGCUUUAUUGUUAGGAAAACAAGUUGCAAGAUGUAGAUGUAAAUGUAAAAUGAGAAAUUUUCAAUUGCGGGUGUGUGUGCGUGCGCGCAUAAUAGCUUCAGUUCUUAGCAACUUGAAGUUUUCCAUGCUGAAGAUCUGUGCCGUAAUCUGAGUUUAAUGUGAAACUGCAUUUAUGUUACUUUUCUUUGUAGAUAACAUUAGAUGUACUGGUCGAAAUGGGGCACAAAGAAUUAAAGGAAAUUGGUAUUAACGCUUACGGGCACAGACACAAAAUAAUUAAGGGAGUUGAAAGACUAAUCUCAGGACAACAAGGUAUGAUGCAGAUGAAAUUUUCAGGGUUGUGUUGCAAGUUGUGGAGGAAAAGAGGAAGGGAACAUAUUGAUGUGGAGAUGUGGGCUUAAUACCGCUCAGUGUCACCCUAAGUUUUUUGGGGGUUUUAGAGCAUGUGUGUGAUAUGCAAGCUCAUUUUUCUAUAGUAUUGGAACCAGGAAACCUUGCAAGCAAAAAUUAUUAUGUAUUAUAUGAAUUCUGUGGCUUGAAUCCAAUAGUUCCAUUAGCGCAAGGACUUCUUACUUGCACAACAGAAUUUGCACAGACUCCCCAAAAACCUGUUCCAGACUGUUGGGGAAAAAACCCAGGACAGAUUCAGGCGCAAGUUGAGGGAAGAGAGAGGGGAAAGUUUAAAUUGUGCAACCAGAAGUCCUUGCACUAAGAACAGCUUUGUUAGAUACAACUCUUAAGUUCUAAAACUACAACCUUAUCUAUUAUAUAUUUUUAAUUGAGCUGUAUGUGUCUAAAUAUUGCCUGUUGCAUUUUCUCAUAGGUCUUAACCCCUACCUAGCUUUGAAUACUUCAGGUAGUGGAACAAUCCUCAUAGACCUAUCCCCUGAUGAUAAAGAGUUUCAGUCAGUGGAAGAAGAGGUAUAUCUUUCAAUUCAUAUUCCAUAUAAAAAACCUCACUGUUGUGUAAUCAGAUGUAAUACACUUAAUUCAUUUUUCAGCCUUUUUCCCCAGCCUUGGCUGAUUCAGUGUUAAACACAUGGUGCUCAUCCUCAUGUUAUGUCUUUUAAUUUUGUUAUUAAUCAUUGUCCCCAACUGAGGAGAUAGUAUCACUUGAGAUAAGAUAGGCCAAGCAAUUCUUGUGACUUUUCCAAAUACCCUGAACUAACAUAGUGCUGACAUGUAUUUGCUGUGGUUGGGCUCAAAGAGGGACAGAAUACCUGCUUUAAAUCAGGACAUGUGAAGAUGGGAUUAGAGGUUCAGUGUGGUGAGCCAGAACACACAAGUGGCUCUGCAAAUUCUAUAUAGCCAGUUUUAAAGCAGCCUACCAUUUGAAUUCUGCUUAUGUUUGUGGAAAUAAUUAUAAAAUUCAUUGUGGGAGCAUAGCUCAGUUGCAGUUGCCUUGCAUUCAAAGACACCGAGCAAUUUUUUAUUCAGCACAAUGGAAUCUAAUAAAAGUUAUGGUUAGAGAGUCUUUGUUUAUUCCACUUCAGAUGCAGAGCACUGUUCGAGAGCACAGAGAUGGUGGACAUGCUGGCGGGGUUUUCAACAGAUACAACAUCCUAAAGGUAACUAAUUGGUGUGUCUGUCACCAAGAAGUCAUUGUUCGUGCUAUCAGUUCUUACCCUUGAAUUAAUUGUGCAGUCUGGAAAGUUGAAAUAUAUACUGUGCCAAGGAAACAAAAACUGGAUUUGUAAUGAAUUAGAAACAAAUGUGCAACUUUCAGUUUAUUGACAAUGCUGUCAGUAGGCUGUUAAAGAAAUAGAAACACUUCAGUGGGAAGAAAACUAAGGUGAGUUGUGGCAUUAAUAAAUGUUAUUAUGGCCUAAGAUGUCAUGGUCUAGAGGCCGUGGGUGAUUUCCAGUGAAAUACUUACGUUAGCCCAAGGACUUCUGGGUGUGAAUGAAACUUCUCUUCCCUCUCCACACACAUCCCUAAAUCUGUUCUUGGGGAUUCCCCCCCACCCCACCCUCCUUACACUAAUGGAACUGCUUUUCUGGAUACAUUCCUGUUUCAUCAAAUGCAUAAAGUGUAAUCCUGAAAUGCAUUUCUUGCAUACACACACAUACAUAUAUGCAGACACACAUGGGGGUCGUAAGGAAGUGUGGUUAGAGAAAAAUUCAAUACAAAAAGUACAGAUAGUGACAGUUCAGUUAGAAUAUGUGCAAGAGGAGCAUAAUGAUAUUGUACAACAAUAUGAUAGAUGAUAAAGCAAGCAUCUUGACAUUAUUAACUAGCAUUUAUAGUGAGAUGAGAAAAGAAAUAAUUCUCUGUAUUCAGGGCAAAAUCAAGAAAGUUGAAUUUCUUAAUUGUAAUUCCUUUUCCUAAGCAGAUUUGUGGAAGUUGCUUAUACUUCAAACAACUGAAGAAAACUAAUUGUGAAUUCUGGAUUUUCUGCCCUUUUAGAUACAAAAAGUAUGUAACAAAAAGCUCUGGGAAAGAUACACUCACAGGAGGAAAGAAGUUUCUGAAGAGAAUCAUAAUCAUGCUAAUGAAAGGAUGUUGUUCCAUGGUAUUUCAAAUUAUUUUUUUCUCAUGUCCAGUCAUUACUAUUGAUAAUGUUCUGAUUUUUUUUAAUUCUGAAAUUUGAAAUGAUCUGCAGUUCAACUCCAAAUAAUGUUUAGCAUUAAAGUCUUCUAAAACUCAUAAAUAUUAUUGACCAGUAGCUACCAUGUAGUUUCAUAUUGUUAAUAUUUUACUGGUAUUUGUACAAUACUGUUAGCAUUAAGUGCCUGGAAAAGAGAAGAACCGAAAAACCUCUAAAAAUGGCAUUGUGUGCUUAAAUCUCUUCUCAAAUCUGGGAUUAUAUUAUACAGAACAAUUUGUAUUGAUUUUUUUCAUUGAGAUUUCCAUUACAAUUGAGCAUUAAAAGCCUAAAAAGCUGAGUGAACAUAAAAAUAUUGGUUUUUAAUGCUCAGCUGUUUUAGCCUUUUCAUUCUGCUCUUUUUAGUUGUCUUUGUUUGCCAGUAUUUAAUAAUUGUGCGUUUAUUAUAUAUACCCACACACCCCAAGUAUUCUCCCUCAGUAUAACAACACAGAAAGCAAUAAGGAGAGGCAGGUGGGAUAUAUAGUUUUCCAGCAAGUGUAAUUGUGAAAGGCCCAUUAUUGUGAGCAAAGAGACUGGGCAAAGAGACUUUAUCCCCAAAAGAUGGUUGUCACAAUGAGCAUGCCAGUCAUCAACUAUGCCAGGCACCUGUCUAUCCUGUUAAUUUACAGUUGCAGCCUGAUAGACAUCAGUGCAUCCUAGAUCUGCUUUGUGAGUCUCAAGGGUCAUUUCUCCUGACUGCAGCAUCCCUACAUGAAACAGGAUUUUUGGUUGCCAGUCAUGCCUCCUUUAGAGUCAAACCAUCCCCAGAUAGCACAGCGGUGAUGUGUUUGCAGGCCUAAAGCAAACAUCUCCUGUGAUAUUAAGGCAACACUAUUAAUGGGAUUUAUGGACCAGGCUUGGUGCCAAAAUUUGUGCAAGCAACAACAAGGCACUCCUGAUUUUGUAUCCCCACCCCCCUUUUUUUGCUUCCCCCUCCCCCUAAUGUAUUCAGUUGGACAGUGCUUCUGAUUUUGUUGUAAUAAAACUGUCCCUGCAGUAUUUCCCUGGAUAGUGAUGAGUAUUAUUUACAAGAUGGUAGAAUAUUCAGUGCUAAGAACAUAUAUACAAUGGUACCUCUGGUUGCGAACGGGAUCCGUUCCGGAGGCCUGUUCACAACAUGAAAAGAACGCAACCUGCAGCGGCGCGUCUGCGGGUUGAUAUUCACCGCUUCUGUGCAUGCACUGACGUCAUUUUGUGCUUCUGCGCACGCGCGAGUGGCGAAACGCGGAACUAACCCUUUCCAGUACUUCCGGGUUGCCGCGGGACGUAACCUGAAGCAAAUGUAACAUGAGGUAUGACUGUAAUAAAGACUAACACUUUUUAUUAUAAUGUACUCACAGGCUCCCCUUUUGUGAAUGCAAUUAUUCAUAAAGGUUUUGACGAGAGGCAUGCAUACAUAGGCGGAAUGUUUGGAGCAGGAAUUUAUUUUGCUGAAAAUUCCUCCAAAAGCAACCAGUAUGUGUAUGGUAUUGGUGGUGGCACUGGUUGCCCAAUUCACAAAGACAGAUCUUGUUAUGUCUGCCAUAGGUAAGUUGCAGUAAAAGUUGUUUGACCUGGUUUGUAAUCUUUGUGAUUACGUUGUUGUAGCCCACUCUGGAACCUUGUGCUGAAGGGCGGGCAAUAAAAUAAACAACCUAACAGAACUAUAUGUAUUGUACUAAAAUUUGUAGAAGACUCAUCAUUGCUUAUUUAGAGAAUAUAUAUGUUACUUUUCUGACACAUCUCUCAGGAGAGAGGAUACAGAGUUACAGUGGGUCUGAGAAGGGAGGGUUAGUCCUGUUGUUUGAGUUGCUUCUGCCUGUGCAGACUCAGGAUCCAAUCCAUCAUUUACAUCUAUAAAAUCAAGGUAGAAGGUUUCUGUCUUGUUUGUCCCUAGUGUCUCUAUCAGCACAGCUAUCAACCCCAAAAAUGGGAGCAUAUUAUGUUACUUGCAACCAAGUAAUGUUUGCCAGAUGAGGAAAAAGUAGUAUUGACUAUUAAAAUCUUGUAUGUCUGCUUCCGCAUAAGAACGUUAAUUUCUCUACAUUGGAUAGGUGAUCUUUUAAUUAUCCAAUUUUGGUCAGAAUCUGUAAAAGUUAAAAUUAGUUUAAGUUCACUGGAAAAAAUAGACUUAAAAUAUGCCUGGUUCAGUGUUGGAUUGUCAGGGAGAAAGUGGCCUGCUACCUAUGUGGGGUAAGGGUAAAGAUACCGACUUUUCUCACACCUGUCCAAAUUGUAGCUGGAAUAUCAUGUCUGAAUUUUUAGCCACCCAUUUAUGGUUUUAUGGAUUGUAGUGAGCCCUUAAAUUGUGAGCUUUAUAUUAGCAAGCAUUCCCUUUUUAAGUUUUAUCUGUGUUGGAGUCCUGGCCAGAUCGUUAGCAGUUUGUUGCCUUUUCAUUCAUGAGACUCUUAAUCUCAGGUUCGUGGGUUCAAGACACACGUUGGGCAAAAAUAUUCCUUCAUCACAGGAGGUUGGACUAGGAGACCCUCAUGGUCCCUUCCAACUCUACAAUUCUGUGAAAAGCUAAGGCAAUAUCCUUUAAGCUACAUAGUGUUCUUUAAUCAUGUGCUUUAACACAUUUUUGUUAUGUGAUAAGAAUUUCUGAGAGAACAGUGUGGAGAACAAAAAUAGGUGUCUUGGUGUUCUUGGAUCACACUCAAUAUUAAGAGGAUAUGGAUAAUACUCAAGUAAAAGUAAUGCUUUUUGUAAACCUUAUUUACAUAUUAAGAAAUGGUAUUGCUUGUUUAUUUUUGCCUUUGCACAUUUAUAAGUAAACGGUUUGUUUUCUUUAAUAUAGGCAGUUGCUGUUUUGUCGUGUUACAUUGGGCAAGUCUUUUCUACAGUUCAGUGCAAUGAAAAUGGCUCAUUCUCCUCCAGGACACCAUUCAGUUACUGGGCGGCCUAGUGUAAAUGGACUAGCUUUAGCAGAAUAUGUCAUUUACAGAGGAGAGCAGGUAGUGUAUUUUUAGUUUCACUUUCUAAACACGGUUUUCCUUAAAUUUGAAGGUUGGUAUUCAUAGGCAUCUUGGAUUUUUAUAUCUCGCCUUCCAGUUUGUUUAAUAAUAGAAAUAGCUUUUUACAACAAAAUCCUGCACAUGUCUACUCCGCAGUGGGUUCCAUUGAUUUCAGUGGGGCUAACUCCCAAGUAAGCACAUAGAUUGCAGCCUGAAGCCGUGAGAGUUCUUCACUUGCUCAGAAGUGCAUGGAACUUUUAGCUAUUUUGUCCUUACUAUAAGCAGUUAUUUUUCAUCACAUGCAUUAUUCCCAUAACAUGUUUACAGAUGACAGAGAAUAAUAAACAUAAUUUCAUAUUUCAGGCCUAUCCAGAAUAUUUGAUUACGUACCAGAUUAUGAAACCUGAAACUGCCACAGAAGCUUGAAACCCCAGAUGUUUUGCAGAGAUCAAAAUGAAGAGUACACUGAAUUGCUGAAAAAAUGUAUCCUACCCCCCACAGCAUUGUGGUAGAAAAUGUGAAUAAAAUCUAACAUUUUGACGUAGUAAAGCUUUAAUAAAUAUAUAGUAAGUUUUCUAAAAUUUCAGAAACUUCCUUUUUUCAGCACUUUAACAGAUCUCAUUCCAGGUGAUACUGGGUUUGUCUGUACUAAAUUAUAAAACAUUAACUUGAACUUUGUUUUCUAUAUGCUGUUACAGUGAAAUCUUAACAAAUUGUAUUGCUAUAUAGGAACUCAUUUUACUAAUACUGUGUUCUUUAAAACACUACAUUUACACUGAGUAAAAUUGUAUUUGUAAAACCUGUAAAUAAGAGCUUUUCUACUAGCCUGGUAUUUAUUUACAUUGGUUUUGUAAUAUAAAGUAUUUCACAGCCACAACAUAUGCAAAUAUUCCCCCACCCAAAUGUUGCAUUACUCAUCUGCAUUUCACUAUCCAUGAGAUUUGGGAACCCCAUGUAAUUUGCCAAUCAAAUAGAAACAUACACAUGAUUUUAGCUAAGUAAGCAGAGUUUAGUGGAGGAAAUGCCCCAGCAGUCAUUAAGUCAUAUACAUUCCUGAGACACAGAACAUUCCAAUUCCUCAACAGAUCCUCCACAGGGUGUAUAUUGGAGGAGGUAAAUAAACUUUAUACACAUGGUGCAGUUAAACCUUUGGGCACCCAUUUCAUUCCAAGGCAAUAUAUUUUGUAAUGAGCCAAUCUAUAUCUAUACCUCCAGCAGUACAAAGCUAAGUGUAGAGAUGCAAUGAGAUCAAAUUUCUUUUUGUAUGUAGGACUCCAUGAGUGAAGUCUGCUGUCUACAGUUUAGCUAACCAACUUCCUGUAAGACAUGUUCUGCUCAUCGUAGACGGUAGCUGGGUUUCCCCAUGAAAGUCACUGGAGGCAAAAAGGCAGAAAAGGAAGUACUCACACCUCCUCAAGGCACUGUCAACUUUUUUCACACCCUCUCCUAACAUCUGUUUUCCUUAUUUCAGUUCCAUCUAGGAUUACCCAUUUGUUUCAGAGUCUCUUACGUAAAUGUAAAUAAUCCCACGUUUCAUUUGUCCACUUCUUUAAUUAAGCAUUUCAAUGGGAAUUCUUCAACAUUGUGACCCAUAAUGUAAUUUAAUUGUGGAUCAUUAUCACAUUAGGGUUUAAGAGAGAUUGCCAAGACUGCUUGGGCUGUCUGAUUCAUAUGGGGACUUGAGACUUGAGUCCUAAACAAUUGCAUUGCACAUGAAGUCAGUGCAUGGAUAGUUAUAAAAUCAUGUGGGAAAUAUAGUAAAUAUCACUUUUAUGUGAUUGCUCCUGCAAGCAACACAAAAAUAUAAAGGGGUCUUGAUUUGUAUGGUACUAUAUCACUGCAUGUUUUCCACUCGCUAGCUUAAUUAAAUGCUGGAUCGAGUGUUCAUGCAAAAUCUGCUAACUAUCAUUUAAGCACUGAGAUAAUUCAUUUCAUUGCUGAAAAUACUUCAUUCUUUGUGAAUGAUUAUUUAAUGUGAUGUAAAUUAUUGUGGUAUGGGUAGCAUUUUAAAUGGUACCACAAGAUUGGUUAGAAUGGUUUUUUGUUUUUAAUUUUGCAUGACAUACCUUGCUUUUUCUGAAGUAAUGGUUUUGCUUGUGUUGACUUGAGGUGAAAUUCCAGCCUCCUGUGCAAUUAGUGCUUUACUCAUCUUGAAGUGUCUUACCUGUAUUGUACGACAUUCCAUUCCAUUCAGCCCCAAAUAAACUUCAUUCACAAACUUUUUGGUAUGGUU